CCUCUGACCCAGUUCCCGCGGCCCCGGCCGCCUCUGACCCAGUUCCCGCGGCCCCGGCCGCCUCUGACUCUGUGCCCGCUGUUACCCCAGUUCAUGUGCAUGGGGGUCCAGCCUCUGCUCCUGUGCCUACUCCCAGGUCACGAGCUCCUAGACCCGCCGCGCCUGCUCAAGCUGCACCCGCCGCGCCUGCUCAAGCUGCACCCGCCGCGCCUGCUCAAGCUGCACCCGCCGCGCCUGCUCAAGCUGCACCCGCCGCGCCUGCUCAAGCUGCACCCGCCGCGCCUGCUCAAGCUGCACCCGCCGCGCCUGCUCAAGCUGCACCCGCCGCGCCUGCUCAAGCUGCACCCGCCGCGCCUGCUCAAGCUGCACCCGCCGCGCCUGCUCAAGCUGCACCCGCCGCGCCUGCUCAAGCAGCACCCACUGCUCCAGCCUCAGCUCCAGCUCAAGCACCAGCAGCACCCACUGCUCCAGCCUCAGCUCCAGCUCCAGCACCCGCUGCCUCAGCCUCAGCUCCAGCACCCGCUGCCUCAGCUCCAGCUCCAGCACCCGCUGCCACAGCUCCAGCUCCAGCACCCGCUGCCACAGCUCCAGCUCCAGCACCCGCUGCCACAGCUCCAGCUCCAGCACCCGCUGCCACAGCUCCAGCUCCAGCACCCGCUGCCACAGCUCCAGCUCCAGCACCCGCUGCCACAGCUCCAGCUCCAGCACCCGCUGCCACAGCUCCAGCUCCAGCACCCGCUGCCACAGCCUCAGCUCCAGCACCAGCAGCUCCCGCUGCCACAGCCUCAGCUCCAGCACCAGCAGCUCCCGCUGCCACAGCCUCAGCUCCAGCACCAGCAGCUCCCGCUGCCACAGCCUCAGCUCCAGCACCAGCAGCUCCCGCUGCCACAGCCUCAGCUCCAGCACCAGCAGCUCCCGCUGCCACAGCCUCAGCUCCAGCACCAGCAGCUCCCGCUGCCACAGCCUCAGCUCCAGCACCAGCAGCUCCCGCUGCCACAGCCUCAGCUCCAGCACCAGCAGCUCCCGCUGCCACAGCCUCAGCUCCAGCACCAGCAGCUCCCGCUGCCACAGCCUCAGCUCCAGCACCAGCAGCUCCCGCUGCCACAGCCUCAGCUCCAGCACCAGCAGCUCCCGCUGCCACAGCCUCAGCUCCAGCACCAGCAGCUCCCGCUGCUACAGCCUCAGCUCCAGCACCAGCAGCUCCCGCUGCUACAGCCCCAGCUCCAGCACCAGCAGCUCCCGCUGCUACAGCCCCAGCUCCAGCACCAGCAGCUCCCGCUGCUACAGCCUCAGCUCCAGCACCAGCAGCUCCCGCUGCUACAGCCUCAGCUCCAGCACCAGCAGCUCCCGCUGCUACAGCCUCAGCUCCAGCACCAGCAGCUCCCGCUGCUACAGCCUCAGCUCCAGCACCAGCAGCUCCCGCUGCUACAGCCUCAGCUCCAGCACCAGCAGCUCCCGCUGCUACAGCCUCAGCUCCAGCACCAGCAGCUCCCGCUGCUACAGCCUCAGCUCCAGCACCAGCAGCUCCCGCUGCUACAGCCUCAGCUCCAGCACCAGCAGUGCCUGCCACCCAUGUGGUACCCACUGCCCCUGACCCGGUACCUGCUCCCAGAACUUUGUACACCCCCAAGCCUACUCCCAGAUCUUUGUUUGGUCCCAAGCCCCGUUAUUCCCGGCCUGCUCCGAGGCCUCCUGUCUUUGCCCCCAGAACUGUGCCCAGGCUGGCUCCUUGGACUUCCCUACAGACUUUUGCCAGUCCUGGGCACCCACCAAUGUUUGUUCCCAUGUCUCUCCCUGUCCUGGUCCCAGUGUCUGUGUUUGUUCCCAUUCCUGUCCCCGGUGGUGUUUCUGUUCCCGUCCCAGUCACUGUAUUUGUUUCUGUCCCCGUCUCUGUCAUGGUUCCAGUUCCCCUGUCCAGUUUUUCUCAGCCCCCUGUCCAGUCUCAGCCCCCUGUCCAGUCUCAGCCCUGUGUUCUGUUCCCUGUCCAGUCUCAGUCCCCAGUCCAGUCGUUUGUUCAGUCUGAACCCCCUGUCCAGUCCCAGUCUCAGUUCCCUGCCCGGUCUACGUCUCCUGUCCAGUUUCCAUUUCCUGUCCAGUCCCCUAUCCCGUCUCCGUUCCAGGUCCUGUCCCCGUUUCGUGUCCAGUCUCGUGUCCAGUCUCAGCCCCUGUUCGGUCGUUAGUCCCGUCUGUUCCCUUCCUCUGUUCCCUCUCUCUCUCGGCGCCCCUGGUAGUGGCGCCGUUGAAGGGGGGUUAUGUUACACCUUAGCCCAUGUCUGUGGUGUGGACCUCUGA